ACAGUUGUCACCAGUGCGUGACACCGCCGUGCCCAUUGUGACAAGUGGUAGGAGGGGAAAGGGUAAACAGGGAGGGAGGGAGCCCCCUGGCCUAGUGAAGGAGGGUGAGCAGGGAACUCCUUCCCCCAGGAAAAGAGCAGGAGCUGAGGGGCUGAGGUCCCCAAGAGGAGAAGGGAAACAAAACUGGAGAAGGAAGGGAAAGGAAUGGCAGCGGAAGGAACGGCAGAUAUCUGUGGGAUCUGGAGAUACCACUGGUACCCUCAAACAAAGGCCCCUGGAAUUCAGAGAUCGCAAGGAUAAAGAUCACCGCCUUGAAGCAAGCACUGCAAGUUGACAAAUCCUGGUCACACAAAGAGCUCCAGGGCAACGUUUCUGCCUCUUUCUAAUGACAGACAACCAAGAAUCCUCAGAACUGAUGCCCAUGGGGAGCGAGCAGCGCGCGCAGCCGGCCAGGGGCAAGUCAGCUUCCAGACAGUUUCAGAACGAGGUCCUGAAGGCCCACAAUGAGUACCGGCGGCAGCACGGCGUGCCCCCACUGAAGCUGUCCAAGCAGCUCAACCGGGAGGCUCAGCAGUAUUCCGAGGCCCUGGCCAGCACGAGGGUCCUCGAGCACAGCCGGCAGUCCAGCCGCGGCCGGUGUGGGGAGAACCUCGCGUGGGCAUCCUACGAUCAGACAGGGAAGGAGGUGGCUGCUAGAUGGUACGGCGAGAUCAAGAACUACAACUUCCAGCAGCCCGGCUUCACCUCGGGGACCGGACACUUCACGGCCAUGGUGUGGAAGAACACAAAGAAGAUGGGCGUGGGGAAAGCGGCCGCGAGUGACGGCUCCUCCUUCGUGGUGGCCAGGUACUACCCAGCGGGGAAUGUCGUCAACCAGGGCUUCUUUGAAGAAAACGUCCUGCCUCCGAAGAAGUAACUUGUCCAAAGCAAUGGGAAGGUGGCAGACUUAAGAAUGUGGGUACAAAGUGCCUAGA